CAUAAUCAUUUUUCCAUAUAAUGAGAUUCUCAAUCAUGAUGCCACACUACUUUUCUUUUUUAAAAGAUCCCAACAAGUACUUUCUCUUUUCUGUCUCCCGCAGAUUGCCUUUCAAGUACUAGUGAAGGCGUUGAUUAGCUUGGAUCCAGGUGAAGACAUGCAGCUUCUGAUGAAACAUUUUCAAGAAUUCAUCUCAGGCCUCAUGUCUUUACCCAUAAAUCUCCCAGGGACAAAACUUCAUCAAUCUUUACAGGCAAAGAAGAAAAUGGUGAAACUUAUCCAGAAGAUUAUCAGAGGAAAAAGGAAGAGUGGAAUCUGUAAAGUUGCAAAAGAUGUGGUGGAUGUAUUACUGAAUGAUGCAAGUGAGCAAUUAACGGAUGAUUUAAUAGCAGAUAAUAUGAUUGAUAUGAUGAUCCCAGGAGAGGACUCAGUGCCAGUUCUUAUGACUCUAGCUGUCAAAUAUUUAUCAGAAUGCCCUCCUGCUUUGCAGCAAUUAACGGAAGAAAACAUGAAACUUAAGAAGCUCAAAGAUCAGCUUGGAGAACCCUUAGCUUGGAGCGAGUACUUAUCAUCAUUACCAUUUACCCAAACAGUGAUUACAGAAACUUUAAGGAUAGGGAAUAUUAUAAUUGGGGUGAUGAGAAAGGCUAUGAAAGAUGUUGAGAUCAAAGGAAAUUUGAUACCAAAAGGGUGGUGUGCUUUUGCAUAUUUCAGAUCUGUUCAUUUAGAUGACCAAAACUAUGACUCUCCUUACCAAUUCAAUCCCUGGAGAUGGCAAGACAAAGAUAUUAGCAGUUGCAAUUUCACAGCUUUUGGAGGAGGACAAAGGCUAUGCCCAGGUGUUGACUUGGCCAGGCUUGAAGCUUCCAUCUUCCUCCACCAACUGGUUACUCAAUUCAGAUGGUUUGCCGAAGAAGACGCAAUUGUGAACUUCCCUACAGUGAGAAUGAAGAGGAGAAUGCCAAUAUGGGUUAAAAGAGUGGAAUUUUGAGGUGCUUUUGGUCAAAAAAGAUCAUUAUGAAGUAACUUAUUCAAAACUGGCACAGUACAAGAAACAGUAAUAUGAAGAAGAAGGAGGAGGAGAAGAAGAAAAGGACAACUGCAGAGAGAGAAGUGGACAAAGAAGGAAGGGUGGGCUUAUGUGAAUGAACACACGUGUGGGAAGAUUCAUUAAGCCCAAUGAAUUUGUCCCCUGGCAUAGUUCUCCUACUUAAAGACAAUUUAAACAAUAAUUAAUUAAAAAUAAAGGGCAAAAUUUUCAUCUUUUGUUGGGCCCACCAAUUUUAGGAUUUUACUUUUAAGUUUUAACCCAGUCUUCUUUUCAAUUUUACCUUACAAGUAUAUGCAUAGAGGCAAUGAAAAAGGCUGAUUGCAAGGGGAAUCACCCUCAUCUUGUUUCUAAUCAAAGCUUCUCUCU